AUGAAGGCCUUCAUUGUACUAGCACUCUGCUGUAGUUUUUUCUCUAGCAAAGCCAUUCCUCUUCCAUUUGAGUUUUCAGACUGUGAUGACCCUGAUGUCUUUAAAGCUGUUGACGCAGCACUGAAGAAAUACAAUGAAGAUGAAGCAACUGGUAACCAAUUUGCUCUAUACGUGGUAAUGGAAGCCAAGAGAACUGCGGGUCCUGACCCACAUUUCUAUGUGAAAUACAGAAUACUUGAAAGCACUUGUGCCACUGAGGAAAACAAACACUGGCAACACUGUCAUUACAAAGUAUCUGCAGAGGCUAAAACAGGAGAAUGCAGAGCUCAAGUUCAUAUGAAUGAUGCUGAUAAAACAACUAAUGUUUCACAAGAGUGCAGAAUUUUCUCAGAUGUGUCAAAGAUAAAACUUACUGAGGCUCCAUGUCUUGGAUGCUUUCAUCCUAUAUCAAGUGAUGGUUCAGAAGUGUCAGAAAUUCUGAAAAAAGCCAUUCAAAAGUUUAACAAGCACAGUGAUGAGCCUGCCCUUUUUAAGCUUGCAGAAAUAAAAGAAGCUAAGAGACAGGUGGUAGCUGGAUGGAAUUAUGUAAUUAGAUAUAAAAUUGAGGAGACUAAUUGCACCAAAGACCAAUUUCAAGAUUUAACUCCAGAAUGCAAAAUCACUUCUAGAGGCCGUGUAGCUAAAUGUGAGGCCAAAGCAUUUCAGAAUCUUCAUGCAGAGAUCGUAGAUACCGCCAGCGACUGCAAGCUCCCAGUUGAAGAAACGGUAGUUGCUGCCAUUUGCCCAGGUUGUCCAAGGACUAUCCCAACUGACAGUCCAGAACUGAAGGAGCUACUGAAGGUUUCUACAGAGAAGUAUAAUUCAGAGAGCGAUGAUGACUUCUACUAUAAAGGUGGAGAAAUACAAUCAGCGACAGUUCAGGUGGUUGCAGGAAAAAAGUAUCGAGUAAAAUUUACAGUCUGGAAGACAAACUGCUCUAAGAGUCAGUUUGAAAAGCUUAAUGAAGACUGUACCGCCACAUCAGACAGUGCAUCACUGUCAUGCGACGCACAAAUUCAUGUGAUCCCAUGGCAGGAUAAAAUCUAUCCCCAGGUGAACUGCUCUGAAGAGCACCAAGUGGUGUUCUUUGCAAGGAGGCCUCCUGGAUUCACACCUUUCCGGAGCACUGUGAUGCUAAGCCAGCCACAUGCAGUUUCACAGGCUGAUAAAAAUGAAGGAGAAAGUCAAAGCCCUAGCACAGAAACAAGGAAAGACAAUGGACAGGAACCAGAAGGCGAAGGUGAACCUGAGCAUAAACACAGGCACAAACACAGGCAUAAGCACAGGCAUGGAGUUAAAAAGGAUCAUGACAAUGACAAAAGGCAUAGGCUUGACAUUGGUUGUGGGCACAGAAGUGGCCAUGGGUGUGGGCAUAAAAAACACAGCAAAAGAAAACAUAAACACCCAAACCCCAAAUCUUCUGAGGAGUCAAAUGAAAGGGGUUUUAAUCAAAAUGCAACCUUCCCAUCAUCAUCCAGUGCUGAAACUGCACUGGAGCUGGUUAGCACAGGGGUUGCAAGGGAGGAAACCAGACCUGCAGAGCCACUAAUUGUUCCUGAUACUUCUUUAUUUAAUGGAUUGCCAGAUCGCCCAGAAUCUCCUCACCCCAGAUGUCCUGGAAAACCAUGGAAACAACUUGUGGGCUUUCCAGCCCCUCCUAGCUUUCCCAGAGAAUUCACAAAUGAGGAUCUCUUGCCUUCUGCAGCAGGAAACAUCGAUCCAGCAACAGAAAACAACGAGAAAGACUUUGAUCUCACAGAUGCUUUAGCAUAA